UAGAGAUGGGGGUUUCACCAUGUUAGCCAGGCUGGUCUUGAACUCCGGACCUCAGGUAAUCCGUCCGCCUUGGCCUUCCAAAGUGCUAUUUAUUUUGUUAUUAAGAAAGAUGUGUAUCAGGGAAACUAAAAAAUAACAGACCAUUGGUGAAAUUCCAUAAAAGCGACAAUGCAGCCAAGGUUUAAAGGUAUUUAAGGGCAGACGCAGAAAUUACGUUCCCGCCCCACCCCCCUACCCCCAGCGAUUAUUAGAACUACUUGAGAAAACUGAGUCCAUAAAAACUCAGCAAAGGGGCACCACAAGCAUUCCACUUAAACACAGUCUACCCAUCUGAAGCCAUCAGAUCGGGGAAGGGAUGUAGGUCGUAAAGUUCUUUGCCAUCCCUGUGAGGGGCAGAGUCGGGCGAGGGAAGAUUCCAGAUCAGCGUGGAAGUGUCUGCUGGCUGCCUACAGACACCCGGGUAUCGCAAGGCUCCCAGGCGCUCUGGGGCUGUCAUCGACAGCUAGGCUUUCUCUUGUGACCCCGGCAACUACCGAGCACUCGCAGGCCCCACAGGCAGCCUCAGAGCGCGGAGUGAAGCUCGCCAUACUUCGAGCGUGCGCCUUCCUGGGCCGACGUGGCCCGGAAGCACUUGGCGUGGGUUUCCGGGAUGCUGUGAGCACCAGGACUUAUGGGCGGGGCGGGUCACUGCAGCUGCGAGCGCUGCCUUUCGGCUCUCGGCUAUAGCUUCCGAACACCGGCUUGAGUCCUAAGCUGCGGACUCGCCUGCUGAGUGGGCAUCUCGCAGGCCAGCCAGAUGCUGCUUUGGGGCCGAGUUGGACUUCUUGUUUAUUUUUUGUUGUUGACGCUUACUAUCUUCGGAAAAAGAGGCAUCGAUUCCCAUUCUCGGGACUUCCCAGAUGUUGCUGCAACUGGGGGAUUAGAGGAAUGGUGCACCCUGGGACCCAGUGUUCAAGAUGUCAAAGCGAGGACGUGGUAGGUCCUCUGGUGUGAAAUUCCGGAUUUCCUUGGGUCUUCCAGUAGGAGCUGUGAUCAACUGUGCUGAUAACACAGGAGCCAAAAACCUGAAUAUCAUCUCCAUGAAGGGGAUCAAGGGAUGGCUGAACAGACUUUCCACUGCUGGUGUCGGUGACAUGGUGAUGGCCACAGUCAAGAAAGGCAAACCAGAGCUCAGAAAAAUGGUACAUCCAGCAGCAGUCAUUCGACAAUGAAAGUCAUACCGAAGAAAAGAUGGUGUUUAUUUCAGAGAUAAUGCAGGGGUCAUAGUGAGUAAUAAAGGCGAAAUGAAAGGUUCUGCCAUUACAGGACCAGUAGCAAAGGAGAGUGCAGACUUGUGGCGCCUGAUUGUGCAUUGCGUGAUUCUCCAGUAUAUAAAAAAAAAAAAAAAAAAAAAAAAAAAAAAAGAAAGAAAGAAAGAAAAACUUUAAAGCCAUUAAAAAAAGUCAUUAAAAAGUAUUCGUCCCCCCCAAAAAAAUACAUCUUAAUAACAGUUGAAGGUAAAGUACCACCAAGUUUAAUAAAGACUAAUUAAUGCUGAGUUUUAUCAGCAUUUUUUA